AGACACCAGCUCCGUAGUUUAGUCUAUUAGUAUGUUGCCGUCGACGAUGAGCUGCAAGAGAAGGAGCGUCAUGACCCGGCACGCUUGGCAGUUAAUUUAAUAUCAGUCGCAUUUCGAUAUCGAUUCUUCCGUUCCUCGGUUGCGUGAGAAGAUAGCACUAGAAGUAGUGUAGCAGCUGCAGCUCGAGGUCGAGGAGCGAGUGCGGGUUUAAGAUAUAUACUUUAUUAAAGGUUGGACACAUGUACAUGUUGAUACCCGUAGCCGUACCCCAUAGCUGCAUGAUAUCGACCCGUCGUGGACAGAAAUUUUACACACUCGCAUUGAGCAGACGACUUGGCAUCGGAUCAAAGAACAACACGAAAGUAUGGAGUUCGAUUUCAACGUCGCGCGAACGUUCGGGCUCCACAGCAACAGCGGCGUUGCCUGUUUGUCCGCCGACCGCAUUGCCGAUGCGAGCUCCAGCAUCGAUCCCCGGCGGAGGACCAGUGUCGCACCCAAUGAUCCCAGUCGACUCAAGAAGCAACUGUGUGAAGUCAUCGAAGAGAUGGGUAGAGCAAGCCAGAUAGCGCAGGGACUCCGCCAACCGGUUACGGUAAGUCGUGCUGCACAGUUGUGUGGCACAACAUAACAUCAAUCGCCAUGCUGCGCUUUCAGUAGAAAUUGAUUGAAACUCAUGACUCAUUCCUUGAGUAUGAACGAGCGGAGGCCACUGCCAAAAUUGAUACUAGCAGACACAUCGUUAAGUGCUCAUUUCAAAAACACACGACGACCAAAAUAAUGCUUACAGAACCUCAUCAAGCUUUCGGGCUGCCCGGACCAGCGCGUGUACAUUGCAAUUUCGGAUCGCAGCAAGGUGAUCGGCUUGCUGAAGGUCGGCGUGAAGAAGCUCUUCGUGCAGACGCCCAGCAUCAACACCAGCAUCUACACCCGCAGCAGCGACACGGGCCAGAUGGCGGAGAUCCAGCCGCUCUGCGUUUUGGACUUCUACGUCCACGAGUCGUGCCAGCGUCAAGGGUGGGGCAAGAAACUGUUCGAGUAUUUCCUCUGGCAGGAAAAGAAGAGCCCCACGAAGCUGGCCUACGACCGCCCGAGCUCGAAGUUGCUCAAGUUUUUAGACCGGCAUUACGGGCUGAAGCAGUACACGCCGCAAACGAACAACUUCGUGGUCUACCACCGGUUCUUCGACAAAAAGGACAGCGGCUACAUGCCCUCUUCCUGCCCGGUGUUGUUCGAGGAGCAACGGGAGCGGGCAGAAUCCAAAGGAAAUAAAGUGAAGUUUGCGGUGGAGGCCUCCACGUCCUCACCAGAGAAAGACUACGAGGCGGAGCGGUCCACGUCUUGUUCCGAGGGAUCGCACCCCGGUGGACCCGCGGUUGCAGCAUCUUCAUCGAGCCGGUCGUCGCGAGGUGCAGCAGUUCCAACGGGCUACCGAAGUCAAGCCGACGCUGAGGGUGGCGCAGGGUCCCCGGAACUGCCGUCGCGGCACGACAUGGCGGAACAACUGAGAGGCGGCGAGGGAAAGCUCGCAUCUGCACUAGAGCAAGCGAGGGCACUAACAAGGCUACAGGAGGAACAACGAAGUACCGCGGCGCUCGAGCAGCAACGGCAAGACUCACGAACCCACUUCCAGAAACACGUACUACUAGUACAGUUGCUUUCUUAAUUUCUAUAAUUUCAUGGCUUGACCAUGGUGCGCUUGGCAUUGGCUUUGCACUUUAUCAUUUUUCUUCUGUUCGACGUUUAGAACAAUAAGUAAUCUGUAAACACUCAGCCUGUUCGACGAGCGAGCAUCUGUAAACACUCACCUGGUGAGUGAUUUCAGAACAUUAUCUGAGUCUGAAUCUGUUUAAGUUUUUUUUUAUUUUUCCAAUGUCGAUGUCGAAAUAAUAGCGCACAUAUAAUUGACCUCCACAGCUAUCUUCCACCUAUGGCUCGCAAUUCGCCGACCCCUCUCCCUACGACGCGGUGUCUGAACACUUCACCCGCCCAGCCUACGUACACUAUCGUGAUCGACAGCGACAGUCCAGCGGUGUCGCAAAUUUGCUGUCUACGCACGGGUCGAAAAAUGGAACGAGUGGCGUUGGAGCAAGCGAGCAGCCUCAUGGCGAAUUACAGAGGCAGAAGAAAACAUCCCUGUACGGAAGCGAUUUCCAGGCUCUCACGGGCUCCGACUCGAAGAGCAUGCUCUCGCAACAGCAGCAGCUCAACAACAUGGUGGCAAACAGCUUGAAAAAUCCGCAAAGAUCAAGAACGAUUCUGUGAACUCCUGACGAACAAUAAUAUUCUCUUUCAAUUUAUUUUUCAAUUCUUUUCCAAGUACGUCGUCUCGUGCGAACGAAGCCGAAGAUUCUGAUGAACGUGUGAUCGCUUCUUGUUGUUGACCGCCACCGGACACAAGAAAAACUUUUCGCUUUCUUUCUCUGUUUUUCUCAGCAUGCAUUCAACUUUGUGGCACUUUCGUCGAGUGUGGCCGCGGCGCCGAACUUUCAGUUUGGCGUAUGUCCUUUUUGAGAAGAAUUUCGUUGCGUCCAAGUGGAGCUGCACCUUUCAAGAUGCAGUAACAAGUACUUUUUAUGAAGCGAAACUAUGACAACAAGCAUUCUUCUAAAUCUGAUCUGAGCCCGACCCUCGCACACCCUCUGGCUGGCAAAGUAAGUACAACGCUUGCGCGACCGCUACUUCAUCUAUUGUGGUCACCAGAACUACACCCAGUGCCAGUGCUGACGACACUACGUGUUACCUGCGGAGGCAGAGCAGCAGAAGACGAAGGGGUUUGUUUCUUACACGCGUAUCUGACGCAGAAUCGGGGUUGUCUUCUUC